AUGGAGAUGGGCAAUGAUCCCGUGACAAUCCAGAAUCUACUACAACAGUUGCGGUCUCAAUUUGCCCUCAAACAGCUAGGAAACAUCUCUCUCUUCCUCGGUAUCCAGGUAAUUCAAUCCACCACCGGUUAUUUCUUAUCACAAAAACACUAUGCUACAAAACUUCUUCUUGAAGCAGGUUUUGAAAACAGCAAGCCGGCCCCAACUCCUAUAGCUCCCGCAUCCAAGAAGAUCGGACAGCACACUCAGCCAUUCCAUGAUCCAACUCUUUACCGUCGACUCGCCGGAUCGCUUCAAUAUCUGUCCAUCACGAGGCCGGACAUCGCCUUCGCAGCCAACCGCGUCUGCCAACAUAUGCAACACCCGACGGAUCAAGACUUCCAAGAUCUCAAACGUCUUCUCCGCUACAUCAACGGCACUCUCUCGUACGGCCUGCCCAUCUCCCUUGGGUCGCUCGAGCUGCACUCCUACUCCGACGCCGAUUGGGCAUCGGACUCCUCGGACCGCAAAUCUAUUUCAGGAUUCUGCACCUUCCUAGGUCCGAAUCUCAUAUCUUGGACGGUGAAAAAGCAAGCUACGGUCGCAAAAUCAUCCACCGAAGCCGAAUAUUGGGCUCUAUCCGCGGCCAUAUCGGAGGUCAUUUGGCUCUGCAGACUAGCCGCCGAGCUCCAUCUUCCGCAGCCGUCUCCUACAACCAUCCAUUGCGACAACACUUCCGCCAUCGCAAUCGCAAAGAACCCGGUCUUCCACGCAUGA